AUGAAAUCACUAGCGAUAUGCGCCGCUUGCGUUGGGGUUGUGGCUGCGAUAGCGGAUGGUCACGUUUCGGAAGCUGCUUAUAGCGCGAGUCGAUCCUGUUAUGUGAGUAGUAUGCUUAGUUCAUACUCAAGCGCGAUUGCUUCACAGACAGCGACUACUACUGGCGCACUCCAGACAGACAUUCUUGCACCAAGUAUCCCACAUCUUCCACCGGGUCCAAGUGCGACAGCGUAUCCUCGCGAUGGUCUACUCCACGGAGCGCAACCAGCACCGUUCACCCCAUCUGGUGGUCUGGGUACGAAUGGCAGUGAGCCGCUUUAUGUCCCAGAGACAGAUUUCGAUUUCCAAUCGAUAUCGCUUGCGCUCUACCAAGAAUACAUAGAACUUGACCUUUUCCAUUGGGUGUUGGAAUACUUCAGCCCAGCAGAGUUUGAAGCUGCUGGAAUCAGUCCCGAGGAACAAUAUUUGAUCAAGUAUAUGGGAGACCAAGAAAUUGGCCAUGCAGAGUUGAUGGCAAAUAUUCUUGGUCCUGCUGCGCCAAAACCAUGCACCUACCGAUAUCCCUUCACUACAGUUGAAGGUUUCAUCGAAUACAGCAUCAAGAACACUCGAUAUGGAGAAUCAGGCGUUCUCGGAUUCCUUGCACAUCUCAAUUCGCGACCAUCUGCCGACUUGAUCUCCCAAACCAUUACAGUUGAAUCGAGACAGCAAGCCAUCUUCCGCCAAUUCAAAGGACUUUUUCCUAUGCCAUUCUACUUUGUCCCUGGUGUUCCACAGUCAUGGCAGUGGACAUUACUCGCUCCAGAUAUCGUCAGCUGCCCUGCCAAUCAAACGCGACUCAUCUGGCAAAACUUCCCAGCUCUCCGAAUAUCGAACAACCCAGACAACACUCUCACCUGUGGAUGCGACUGGCCUACCGUCAAACCAGCCAUCACUCACAAUAUGAGCACCCCUCUGAGUGCGCCUGGAAGAGUCGUUGAAUUCUCUUGGGAUUUGCCCGGACAGCCCGUUGGUCCAAACCUUUCUUAUGUGACAACGACCCAAGCAGGUCCGCCAAAAUUCGUCGCCUGGGUUUCACAGUUGAAUGUCACUUAUUCACCUCUGACAGUCCUCAAUGGUACGUCAGGGACCACGAUACAACCCAAUGGAACCACCUUGGGCGGUGCGCCUGCUAUUAAUGGUACCGUUUUUGUCGCCGUGACGGAUACUGAUUUGUUUGUCACGCCUUUCAACAUCACGUUGAUUAAUCCUCAUGUUGUUGCUGGGCCUGCUUUGUAUCAAUCUGGAUAG